AUGUCCGCUGAUAUUGGACAAUACCCAGGAUCUUUGUUCCUAAAUUACAGUCUAGAGAAGAGGAAACUCCGAAUUCUGAUAUUUUGGUUCCUGGUAUUCAUGGACUCAGUCGCCCUUCCCAUCGGGCUCUACUAUCUUCUGACCCGAUGCACGACUUUGUCCACCACGACCAUUUUUAAUAUCCUAACCCUGACUCUGUUCGGCACUUUUGUUACGGAAACAUUACAGAGAUCGUGGAGUCUGUGGCGAAAGGAAUCCAAGGUUCGCGUUCGCAACGCAGGCCGCUACUAUUUCGAUUUCACCCACUGGAAUAUCCUCGUCUCCUGGGUCAUUAUUAUUGCCGAACUCGUUCUGGGAACCAUCCCCGACCCCCCCUGGAUACGCAUGCUGGCUAUGCCUGUGCCUUCGCUCUUCUUUACUUUUGCUAUCGAGAUGUUAAUCUUCGAGUUCAUGCACGUUUUGAAGAUGCCUGUCCCAUUCCGCAUCUCCUCUAUCGCGAAAGGCGACCCAAUGCGGCCCGCUCUCUAUCCACUCAUCGAAGACAUAAUCGCGGUCGAUGGAAAUGGGGGAACAGAAUUCCGGGACCGUUUAGAUCAACGCUACAAUGCGAGUCCUCCAUUCCGUAACAUGCUACAUCGAUUGACGAUACUGUGGAUGGUUCCUCAAAUGCUGGUGGCCGGGGGAACGUUAGCUGGGAUCGUGAUUGCUGACCAUGAGCUGGCUUACACGGUACGUAAUCGUCCUCCGAAGUUGAUUGUGAGACAUGAGGCUGAGGUUAUGUGA